UGCCUGAAGGUGCGCAACAAACACCAGUCGUUCCUAGGCUACCCUGGGAGCACCACAUUGUUCCAGCGGAAGAAUAAAACGCACAGCAGUCGAAGUGGAUAACAAUAAUGCUUGAGAAUGACCUUGUUGGAGCUCUACACAGAGUACAACAGAGUAUGGGUUCCAGAUCCAAAACACGUAUGGAAGUCUGCAGAGAUUAUCAGAGACUUCCAUCUUGGCAACAGUGUGCUGGAUCUGCGUCUUGAAGAUGGCACAGAAUACCAGUUCAAGGUUGACCUGGAGAGCCCCCUGCUCCCCCACCUCCGGAAUCCCGACAUCCUAGUAGGAGAGAACGACCUGACGGCUCUCAGCUACCUUCACGAACCUGCUGUUCUUCACAACCUCAGAGUGCGCUUUGUGGAGUCCAAAAUCAUCUACACCUACUGCGGCAUCAUAUUGGUGGCAGUAAACCCCUACAAACAGCUGCAUAUCUACGGGGAUGCCGUCAUCCAGGCCUACUCAGGCCAGAACAUGGGGGACAUGGACCCCCACAUAUUUGCAGUGGCAGAAGAGGCUUAUAAACAGAUGGCCAGAAACCGCAAGAAUCAGUCCAUCAUCGUCAGCGGGGAGUCGGGCGCAGGGAAGACUGUGUCUGCCCGCUACGCAAUGAGGUACUUUGCUGUAGUCAGCAAGUCUGGCAGCAAAACCAGAGUGGAAGACAAGGUCCUGGCCUCCAAUCCCAUCACUGAGGCGAUAGGCAACGCAAAGACCACUAGGAACUAUAACAGCAGUAGGUUUGGAAAGUACACCGAGAUCAGCUUCGACAAGCAGUACCGCAUCAUCGGAGCCAACAUGAGGACAUAUCUUCUGGAGAAAUCCAGAGUGGUCUUCCAGGCAGAGAAUGAGCGUAACUACCACAUCUUUUACCAGAUGUGUGCCUGUGCAGAACUGCCUGAGUUCCAGACUCUGAGAUUGUCGAGCGCAGAUAAGUUCCAGUACACAAGCAUGAGUGGAGAAAUCGGGAUCGAAGGUGUGGAUGACAGAAGAGACAUGGAAGAGACACGGAAGACCUUCUCUCUGUUGGGACUGACCGACGAGUUUCAGUCUGAUGUGUUCCGGGUUCUGGCGGCCAUAUUGCAUUUGGGAAAUGUUCAGAUCAAAGCCGCCGGUGGUGAACACUCCUCUGUCCCUUCCAGUGACCCCCACCUGGUGGUGUUCUGCGACCUGUUGCAUGUCAGUGCCCCGGAGCUGUGUCGCUGGCUGUGUAACCGCAGGAUGGUGCUGGUGAUGGAGACGGUGGUGAUGCCGGUGCCCCCGGAGCGGGCCACCAGUGCCCGCGACGCCCUGGCCAAGCAGGUCUAUGCCAAGCUGUUCGACUGCGUCAUCCAGAAGAUCAACGCCGCACUGAAAGUCCCGGGAAUACAACAUGCCUUCGUAGGCGUCCUCGACAUCUACGGGUUUGAGACGUUUGACACCAACAGCUUCGAACAAUUCUGUAUUAAUUACGCAAAUGAGAAACUUCAGCAGCAGUUUAACUUGCACGUGUUCAAACUUGAGCAGGAGGAGUACAUGAAGGAGGACAUCCCAUGGACCCUGAUCGAUUUCUAUGACAACCAGCCAGUCAUUGAUCUGAUUGAAGCCAAGAUGGGGAUUCUAGAUCUCCUGGAUGAAGAAUGUCUGUUUCCUCAAGGAACAGAUCAGAACUGGCUUCAGAAGCUGUACAACUACCUGCACGACAACCCUCUUUUUGAGAAGCCAAGAAUGUCCAAUGAGGCCUUUAUGAUCCAACACUUUGCAGACAAGGUAGAAUACCAGAGCAAAGGAUUUCUGGAGAAGAACAGAGAUGCACUCUAUGAGGACUUGUUGGAGAUCAUGCGAGCCAGCAAGUUUGAAUUCCUGGCCAACUUCUUUCAUGAAGAGGCGCAGAGCAUUAAACCCACGAAGGGUUUUCAAGUGAAGUCUGCCCGACCUGGGGUGAAGCCAGCCAAUAAGGAGCUAAGGACCACAGUGGGAGAUAAGUUCCGCAGUUCCCUCUACCUUCUGAUGGAGACCUUGAACGCCACCACCCCUCACUAUGUGCGCUGCAUUAAGCCCAACGAUGAGAAGCUGCCCUUCGAGUAUGACUCCAGGAGGGUGGUGCAGCAGCUGCGGGCCUGUGGAGUCCUUGAGACGAUUCAUAUCAGCGCUCAGAGCUACCCCUCCAGGUGGACAUACAUUGAGUUUUACAACCGCUACAGUAUCCUGAUGACUCCAAUGGAGUUGACCGUUAAGGACAAGCAACAAGCCUGCAAGACUGCAGUGCAAAGGAUAAUUCAGGAUUCAAACCAGUACAAAUUUGGCCGGACCAAGAUCUUCUUCAGGGCUGGUCAGGUGGCGUACCUGGAGAAGCUGCGUCUGGACCGGCUCCGCGGGGCCUGCGUGAUCCUCCAGAAGCAUGUCCGGGGCUGGAGCCAGAGGAGGUGGUACCUCCGGACCAGAGAGGCCGUCAUCGUGCUGCAGCAGUACGUUCGCGGACAGAGACAGAUCCGUAAGAUGGUGAGCGCUGCGGCCAUCAAACAUGGCUGGGCAGCGCUAGUCCUCCAGAGACACUGGAGAGGCUAUAGGAUGAGGCAGAUCUACCUGCUGGUCCGCCUGUCCACUGUGACCAUACAGGCUUUCACCCGGGGUUGGAUCGCCCGCAGACGAUACAAAAAGAUGGUGGAGGUGCAGAAGGCCCUGGUCCUACAGAAGUAUGCUCGCGCCUGGCUGGCCCGCCGCCGCUUCCAGACCAUGAGGCGGCUGGUCAUCAACGUCCAGCUGUCCUUCCGCGUUCAGAACCUCAGGAAAAAGAUUGAGGACCAGAACAAAGAGAACCGAGGACUAGUGGAGAGGCUCACCAGCCUGGCCAGCAGCCACGGUCAGACCAUGGACCGGCUCCACGGGCUUGAGGCCCAGCUGCAGAAGGCCGCCGGGGAGAAGGUCUCCCUGGAAAGCAGACAGAAGAAGGCCAAAGAGGACCGUAGUCAGGAACUGGCACAGCUUCAGAGGGAGAUGGAGGCUCGGACACUUGAAAAGCAAACCCUGGAGAAAAACGUAGAGGUUUCCUCCAAAGAAGCUAAGGACCGCUUUGAUCAAAUGAAGACAGUGCUGAAGGAAGAGAAAGAAACCGAGGAAAGACUGAGAAAGAUUGCAGAGAACAACAUGGAGAUCCUGAGGGAGGACCACGAGAAAGAGGUGGUGGAGCUGACGGAGGAGAUCAGGAGGCUGAAGGAGGAGCGGGGUCGUCUGCAGCUGCAGAUGGGCCAGGAAGGCCAGGUCAACUCGGACCUCCAGGAGCAGGUGGUGCAGCUCGCCAAGCACGUGAAGACCAUCCCCGAGCUCCGCAAGGACCUCCGCAGCCUGCAGACCCUGAGAGACGCCACAAACCGGAGGAGGGGGGAGCAGGCGGAGCAGGCCAGAGCCAAAAUGAGUGUGAUUAGAAGACAGCUCCUUGGCGGUGUGGCUGAAGAGGAGUUUAUUUUUGGGUCGAGUUCAGAUGACCUUGAAAACCACGGCGACAUCGGAGAUCUGCUCACUGCUUUUGACGGUCUUCAGAAAGCGACCAGCAUGCUGGAAAACCAAAGGAGGGAGCAGAAUGAGAACUGGGAGAACCAGGUGCACGGCCUGACGCUGAAACUGGAGCACCUCCAGAAGGAAAACAACCAGUUACAGAAGCUGUUCCACGAGAAGAGCAACGUCAACGAGGACAUUCGCCAGGAGGUGGCCAGACUCAGCGGGGAGAACUCAAUCAUACCAGAGCUAAAGCAACAAGUUUCUGAGCUGCAGAGACAGAAGCAGGACCUGGAGGCUCAUGUUGAAGUGCAGUCCAGAGAGAUCGCUGAGAAAACAGACCAGAUCACCAACAAUCUGCAGAAGAAGAUCGAAGAGGAGCAGUCCCAGUGCAUGCACUUGAAGCAGCAGGCAGAGGAGCUUGAGACGGACAGGACGGAACUCCACGGGAGGGUGGAGGAGCUCCAGGAGCAGAACCAGCAGCUCCUCAAGCAGCACUUGGCGGAGAGUGAGGCCAAGACGAGGCUGAGUCAAGAGGCUUCGCAGCUAACAGCUGACAAUAUGGACUUUGAAGAGCAGCUGGACAAGAAGGACCGCCUGAUUAAGAAACUCCAGAGUCAGAUAAAGAGCCUUGAGAAAUCAGAGAGAGCCAAGUCAGCCUCUUCCCCGGCGAUCCCCAAGGAUUACCUGGGUAUGCUGGAGUGUAAGAGAGAGGACGAGACCAGGCUGAUUCAAAACAUCAUCCUGGACCUGAAGCCCCGGGGCGUGGUGGUCAACAUGAUCCCCGGUCUGGCCGCCUAUAUCAUCUACAUGUGCAUCCGCCACUCGGACUACCUCAAUGACGGCACCAAGCUCAAGAGCCUGAUGAACGGCGUCAUCACCGGGGUCAAGGCGGUCAUCAAGGACCAUCAAAAAGACUUUGAAACACUUUCAUUUUGGCUCUCUAACACGAAUCACCUGAUCAACUGUUUAAAACAGUACAGCGGAGAGGAGGAGUUCAUGAAGCAGAACACACCGCGGCAGAACAACAACUGCUUGAAGAACUUUGACCUCUCCGAGCACCGGCAGAUCCUCAGUGACCUGGCCAUCCACAUCUAUCACCGCUUCCUCACCGUCAUGGAGAAGACCCUCACCCCAAUGAUAGUGCCUGGCAUGCUGGAGCACGAGAGCCUGCAGGGUGUCUUCAGCAUGAAGCCCCCGGGCUUCAGGCAGCGCUCGGCCAGCGCCCCCCCGGGCGCCGAGGCCCACACCAUCACCUCCGUCCUGCAGAUGCUCAGCUCCUUCCACGGCACCAUGACGCAGCACGGCAUGGAGGCCGGCCUCCUCCGGCAGGCCGUCAAGCAGCUCUUCUUCCUCACCGGCGCCGUCACCCUCAACAACAUCCUGCUGCGCAAGGACCUGUGCUCCUGCAGGAAGGGCAUGCAGAUCAGGUGUAACAUCAGCUACCUGGAGGAGUGGCUGAAGGAGCAGGGACUGGGGGCCUCCAGCGCCAUGGACACCCUGAAGCCUUUGUCCCAGGCUGCCUGGCUGCUGCAGGUCAACAAGUCCACCGACGAGGACGCCAAGGACAUCGCCGACAACUGCACCGAGCUCAACCCCGUCCAGAUCAUCAAGAUCCUGAACUCCUACACGCCGAUCGAUGCUUUUGAGAAAAGAGUGACGUCUUCCUUUGUUCGCAAAGUCCAGGCUCAGCUGCAGGACCACGAGGGCUCCAACCAGCUGAUGCUGGACACACAGUACCGCUUCCAGGUCACCUUCCCCUUCUGCCCGUCCCCUCAGGCUCUGGAGCUGCUGCAGGUCCCAAGCAGUCUGCACCUGGGCUUCCUCACCCGACUAUAACACCACAACCCUAGCCCUAACCCUAGCCCUAAACCCUAACUCUAACCCUAGCCCUAACCCUAGCCCCAGCAGUCUGCACCUGGGCUGACUCUGACCACCCCUUAUCACCCAAACUAUCACAUUCCUCUAGCACGCCAACCAAGCUUAAUGAUUGGCCUAUUCUUUGAUUUUUAGAAUGUUAUUGUAAAUUGAUGCAUCAUUGUUAAAUUAAUUGUAAAAUAAUUGCAUAUAUAUGUGUCUCUCUCGAUAUGAUUAUAAAUGUACAUCUAUUUAUAACUAUAUCUCUCUCUCAUGGGAGACUGUUCUGAACAGAGACCGAGUCCGAGAUGCAAACGUCCAUAGUUCCCAGUCGUAGUUCCUUCCAUGACGCAGAACGUGAAAUCCUAUGCCUCCUCACAGUUUGUGAACCUUCCACUCUGCUCCGGACGCAUGGAGCAUUACUUCUGUGACGUCUAAGUGCCUUAUAGUAUACUCUUUGACGUCACGAUGAAGGGACACCGGUGGCCAAGUGUGCGUGGACAUGUACUGCUCUCGCUAUGUGUCUGUCUGCUUAAGUGUGGGAUGCGGUGUUUGAGAGAUGGUCAAGCCUCUCGGAUACUUCUAGUAUAACAUUGGCCAAACAGGUGGAACUCAUUCUGGCCAGCCGUUGACUUAGUUGUGGGGGUCCAAGAGAGGACUAGACUUCCCCGAGACCUUUAGUAUAACGCCACGUUGUUUGGAGCAUUUCAUAUACAACACGUCAUUAUAACGCAAAUAAGAAAAUUGUUUACUAAAAAAGUAUCACAAACUUGCCAGGGGUCGUAACCAUAGUGAUUACCCCACCCCUCUCCAAGUCCUUGCCAGAACUUUCAGCCGAAAAAGUAUUUUUUAUAAUCUCAUAGUGUUCGAAUUACAGCUGAAACAGGAAGUUCACUUGCAUUUUAGUUUUCUUCUUAGUUUAAUGAAGUUAAUGUAUGAAGUUCUUUACUUUUCCUGAUAUUCAACUGUAGUUUAUUUAAUAAAAGCCAGAAAUGUUUUUCCUUA